AAAGAGAAAAGAAAACCAAAAAGAAGUGUGGGUCCCACAUUUUUUUCUUCUCACUUACAUGUGGCCCUAUAAUUUUUUUUAUUUUUUUUUGCUAACUAGGAUGCCACAUCAGCGAAACUAGAGAUCCAUACUGCCCUGGGACCUUUUUUACACGGUUUCGUAAAGUUUAGGGGUGGAAAUUUCUGGUUUUGUGGUUAGGGGAUCUCAAAAGUCUCGCUGUUAAGUUGAGGGACCUCUGGUGAACUUAUUCCGGUCGAGAAAGGUCCUUAAUUCCCAAGCAGGCCCUAAUUAAUUUUCAGCUAUGGCCGAAAUAGGCCCAUCCUUUUCUUUGACAUUUGGCCGGCCCGACAAAUGUUCGGUCACGCAACUGCGCGCACUUGCUAGAGGUCCUCGUGUUGCCAGGGCAGGGCAGCAUUCCGCCGAACACCUCUGUCCCGCCUCGUACACGCAGGCUUUGCCCAUCCCGCCGCCGCCGCCGCAGCCCAAUGCCGCCGGCCACCCCCUCGGCGACCAGAUGGCCCAAGACCCUCACCGCCGACCACCUCCACCGCCUGGUCCGCGCGGAGCGUGACCCGCGCCGGGCCCUGGCGCUCUUCGACGCGGCCACCGCCAGGCCCUCGUCCGCGUCCCCGCCCGACGAUUCCACGGCCGCCGCCGCCGCGCCCGUCCUCCCGUCGCGCGACACCGUCUCCCUCCUCACGUCCCGCCUCGCCUCCGCCAGCCUCCUCCCGCUCGCAUCCUCCCUCCUCUCCCGCUCGCGCGAGCUCUUCCCCUCGCCCGGCGAGCUCGAGCCCCCGUUCCUCUCCCUCCUCCGCGCCUACUCCCGCGCCCACCAGCCCCUCGCCGCGCUCCACCUCUUCCGCUCCGCGCCCUCCGCCCUCGGCCUCCCGCACUCCGCCCGCUCCUACACCGCGGUCCUCGCCGCCCUCGUCGCUCACUCCCACCUCUCCCUGGCCCGCUCCCUCCUCGCCGACAUGCGCGCCGCCGGCUUUGCCCCCACCACCGCCACCUACAAUGUCCUCGUCAAGGCCCACUGCUCCGACGCCGCCGUCCCCAUCGACGACGCCGUUCGCGUUUUUCGGAACAUCCCCAAACCCGACGCGUGCUCCUACAAUACUGUGAUCGAUGGGCUCUGCCGCCGCGGCCGGCUGCCGGAGGCCCGCGACCUGUUCGCGGAGAUGAUUGCGAAUGGCACUGCACCAACGGUGGUUACUUACACCACUCUUAUCCACUGGCUCGCGCGGGAGGCUUGCUUUGAUGAUGCUCUGAAACUGUUCGAUGAAAUGGCUAGGAGAGGGAUCAUGCCGAAUGUGGUAACAUACAGUUCACUGAUCGAUGGAUUGUGCAAGGGUGGGCGUGCCGCCUCAGCAGUGGAGCUGCUGGACAGGAUGGUUAAGGAGAGGAAGCUUCCAAAUACAAUCACAUACAGUUCUGUUAUUGAUGGGCUCUGUAAGGAGGGCUGUCUGGGUCAGGCCAUGGAGAUUUUAGACCGGAUGCGUCUCCAGGGGAGGAAGCCUGAUGCUGGGUUGUUCGGUAAGCUAAUUGUUGGGCUAUGUGAUGCAGGAAGGGCUUUGGAGGCUUCAAAUUACCUCGAUGAGAUGAAUUUUGCUGGCAUCCGACCAAACCGCUUGACUUGGAGCCUGCAUGGCAGGAUAAAUGAUGCAGUGGUGACAGCACUGUGUUCUAAGGGUGAAGUUGUAAGGGCUUUUCAGGUGUACCAGAGCAUGCGUACCCGUGGAAUUUCUACCAAGCCAACAACUUUCCAUCUCCUUGUCGAGUGCUUAUCGAAAAAGAACAAUUUAGAGAAAGCUGCUCAUGUUGUGCGUGACAUGUUAUCAGAGAGAUGCAUCCCUGAGAGGGAAACAUGGGAUACGAUUGUACGUGCAUAUUGGAGUAAGAAAAAGGUAAGACAAGAAGCUGAGGAAAUGUGGAGCCAGUUAACCGUUUCAAAUUGAAAUAAAGGUACAGACUACACUCCACUGAUACAUCGUAUGCGCGAGCUGUUGCCAAGCAAACAUUGUGCUCAGAGGUUAUGUAAUGAUAUCUGUUUUUUUUUGAAGUUACGAGCAGUUGGCAGUGUUCAGGCUAAACAGCAUCGCAAAAUAUGGAAUUAUGGAUCUUCAUUCUAUUGGCUAGGAGUAUAACCAUGAGAAAAAGUCAACAGCCAAAAUAUCAAGUAUUGAGAUACAUGCUACUGUAUGUUUUUCUGUCUAUGUUGAGGGGAUUACACCUGUUUGAUCAAUCAACAUGAAUUUGAGCGAGCAAGAUCUUUGAUUACCAGACUGUUGUGGAGAGUGGAAAGCCAAUGUCAUGGUGGGUGGCUGGGAAGCUGACAAACUGCAUUCUGCCAAUAACCACUAUAAUAGUCAGCAAUAUUAUGAGAACUUUCUUUGCUUACUCUUACGGUAUUGGAUUGAAGCAAGACACCACAUUUUGGUCUAACAGCGCUAUAGAAACAAAAGUCAUUGCUGAAACAGUUCAAUGGACAAAGUCUAGAAAUUGUAUUCAUUCAACUACAACGUGUGGAUCAAGAGGUGCUUGAUUGUCGAUGACCCCACAAUCCCUUGAAUGCGACAAACCUAUAGCGCGCAUUCCCUUCCUUAUCCCUGAAGCUAUCUGUGAAACUGAGAACAAAGCAGGGCAACGCACAAAGAACCAUCAUGUUACCAUUUGAUGAAUGUAACAUUGUCACUGCAGGGGCCUUGUGCUGCCGUUGCCAAGGUUGGAGCCAGGAAUUGGAAGACAGGGACAGUGUCUGAAGGAAGAAAUUUGAUGUUCUUAUGUCUGGGCGAUUGUUUUCUGCAUGGGCUCAUGUUGCUGGUACGAUCAAAUAUAUUCAACAAAAGAGGAUUCCUCUGAUCCUGCCAGCAAUUCCAUGUUGUGGUGACGGUGGUGUGGAGCAGACAUAGUAGCUGUCCUCUUCGUCCAGUUCGUUCUAUUUAGCGUUGGUGAUCUUUUGUUAGAGGAGACGCAACUAGGGAUUUUAUCAAUGGAAAAGGAAGGGAUUUGAAGGGAAGGAAGGUAAUGGUCUGUUACUCUGUUUCUGUUUGUUGUCCGUUUAUGGAUGCCUUCUUGCAAGAAAGAUGCAAAAAUUAAAUGAACUGGGAGUUCUGCUGGCAAGAAAUGCGAGAAUGUUUGGUGUUCCAGUUUCUCUUUUUUGAGCUCCAACAGUUGUAGACGCACAUUGGUAACGGAAAGAACAGUUUUUUGGGUCUAAAAUUGUUCUGUGGCAGUUAUAUAUACACGUAAAUAGAUGUUCCCUCCUAGCCGUGCUUAACUGGAUUAUGCAUUUGGUUUGAUUCUUUUCAUCUGGUAUGAAGAACUACAAUGCCUUGCUCAUAGAUGUGGAUCCACCGAGCCAUGCAUAUGUCAGAGGCAAAAAUGGGCUGAUCCAAACUCAUAGAUGCAAAGCCCAGCCCAAUAUAAGGCUGCAAAGCCUGCAAAGAGAACAUCGAUCAUCCUCGACAAUCUUCAGAACAACAGCACUUCUUUUUUCUUUUUUGAGAACAGAACAACAGCAUUUGAGAGUAGAGACAAACCUGCAUGCAUGCUUGCCUCACCUAGGCGACCACAUAAAGACCAUUGGAACAAAACAGUUUAGGCUCCUCCAAGUAAAACACUUUCCUUGAGACAAAUCCUCCUGCAUGUAUGCAGUGGUCCUCCUAGCUGAUCUCUGAGUGAUAACCAAGCUGCAUCUGCAAUUCUCAAGACAUGAGGCGACAGUGUGCUACUGCUACCAGGAGUCUGGGGAACAUUGUAAAUUAAAAGCUGCCGAUCAUCAGAGGCGACAGCAUACGGCUUUAAUCAUGUGAUUCCUUCUUUCCAUCCCUUUAAAUUUGCACAUAUCAUGGCAUGAUCAUGCCCGGAGCUUUAGUUGUAGCCAAUGAUCUAGUAAAGGUCAGAGCUUUGUAUAUCUGCAUACCGAAUUGCCUUGGUGUGCGUGUGACGCCCCUUAAUUAACUGUUUUUAUCCUCUGAAAAAGCUUCAGUGUAA